AUGCUGAUGACUUACAGAAGAUGGAGUUUGAGUGAGUUUUUGAGCCCGAACAGUGAGUGAGAAAAAAUCCUUUAAAGUCCACAAAUUAAUACAAGCAUCUUCCGUCUCAAGCUCAUCUACGGAUCCGUAAAGAUCGAUAACCGAAGGAAGUGGCAACGGACUUGGAUCCGUCUCCGUAGAUGGAACUUCAACAGGCAGCGAGUCUGGAAUAGGCAAACAGAGACAUUCCAGAACAUCUUUCAGCAGAACCGGUGUAAGUCUGGGUAUAUCACCACGUUGAAGACAAUUUUGAACGUAAGAGUAGGACACCAGAGCACUCUCCCUUUCGAACAAAUAUUCCUGUGAGCAGCAAACUUUGAGAAUAUACUGCGGAGCAGGAUCGAUUUCAUGAAUUUCUACAGGACCUUGAACUAGCCUUGUCUGCUUGACUAUUAUAGCCUUAAUAGUAUCAGCUACUGUUAUGGAUUUGGAAAGAUCGAGGGAAAGAACAUGCUGUUUAGGAGGAACCGAGCAGUCCACACAGAUAGCGGAAAUUGUAAUAUGAGACAAUUCUUGAAGACAGUGCUCGAGAGCGGUGUUGAGAAUGGGUUGUCUGGGGGCAGCGGUGAGGUAUUGGGCCAUGGCAAUCGAUCCACCGGACUCUAAACGAUCGAUAUUCGCUCGAGACAACUCCAACAUGCAUUCACGAGCCAGAGCUAACUCGGAGUUAGAUUCCGCAGCUGAUAUAAGUUCGGCCUGAGAGAUUGUAGAUAUUUUGGCUAUCAUGGCAUUUCUCUUGUUCUGUUCAACAACCCGAGUGUCAUCAGCGACUUUUUCAAGCCGAAGCAUGGGAAGAAUGAGUUGAAGGCUUGAGAAUUUGAAUUGUUCAUCGUAAAACUCUUCUUCCUCAGCUUUAGGUGCAGAAAUUCCCUGGAAGAGAUAAUCACCAGGGGGACCAAGUUGAUCGAAGAAGGGCUCCUUUGAGGCUAACAUCCAAAGAUACAUUUUUAAUUCGCAUAAACUCAUCUCCGGAUCGGGCUUAAUUGUGAGAACAAUACCAUUAGGCAUUAA